UCAGCCCCUCGGCAUCUGAGUCAUUGCUCCACAUCCUGUCCCGCUCCUGCACUUCCUCAUUCAAGGCAGAAGUGACCCUCAGCAGCACGUUUGGAUCUCAGCACACGCAGAAAAGAUACCGAGAGAUUCCAGAGCCUUCCCUCUCACUCCGGACAAGAAACCUAUAAGAGCCAACUGUCUCCUAUGGAAGCUGAGCAUUCCUAAACAUCCACAGAAGGUGGCAGUCCAGGUGACAGGACGCUGCAUGCACAUGUCAGUGACUGAGCUUUGUUUCCACAGACACAACUAGCAGCUGUGAAGCUGGUCUGGUGAAGCUCCCAACAGGGACAGAUUCCCAAGGGCUGGGAAGGCACAAAAAUGAAAUGGGAGACUGCACUCUGGAUGGUUGCCUGCUUACUGGUUGUGUCUCUACCCAGAGGUCAACCAGAAACAUGCCGUGCAUUUGUUGGAGAAACUGUUGUUUUGCCUUGCUCCACCACCCCUCCUGGAGAGCUGAUCUUUUCCAAGUCAAUGCUCUACUGGCAGAUCGACCAGAAGAUAGUGCACUUUUUUCAAAAAGGGCAGGAUUCACUGGGGACCCAGGACAAACGUUUCCGUGGCAGAACCAGUCUUUUUUUGGACCAGAUGAAGCACGGCAACCUUUCCUUGAAGAUCUCCAACGUCCAGUUACAGGACAAUGCUGAGUAUACCUGCAUCUACAAACAGGAUGCAGAUCAUCAAACAAAGAAAUCUAAUAUUAAACUCAGUGUCUCAGCCCCCCCUAGGACUGAGGAGACACCUUUUCCUUCUGCACAGAGUCAGAUUGCCUCCAGAAGCCCUCCUGAAACACCACGUCUGGCUGUGUUUUCCCUCUCUUUCCACCUCCUGGUCACACUGGGGGUUUGGCACUUGUAACCAGGGAAGCCAACCUUGUCUUUGGGAAGUUCUCCUCACCAGGGGACCUCACUGGGCAGAACAGGCCUGUAGGUUCCAGAGCCACGUGACAGAAACACCAGUAGCUGAAAACAGACUGAGCACUAGGUGUUUAUGUCCCACAUUUGGUUCCAAAAAACCAAAGGCAGCAAAACUCUGAGGUGGUAAAUCUGCUUUUUCGUUUGGUUCUUGGAGUCCAGUUUUAGUGCUGCCAGUGUGAACAUUUUAAUUUGUGGGUUUGCUUUAAUGACAGGAUAAAAGACUCACAAAACUACAGGGUCACAUUAUAACUGACCCUAGUGAGACAUUUUGCUUAAGAUCUCAUCUGCUGUCCUUCAGAGACCGCUGAAAGGAGGAGCAGGAGUAAUCACCCUCUGUAUCAGACAAAAACUGGAAGUUGCAAGGCCCUCCCAUUUUGCGAAACAUAAAAGAAGGAAACCUUGUGAAACUGCAGCCUGUGGAACUUUAGCUUCUGUUUUCACUCUUCAGCAUCAUGGGCCAUCAGUAAGAACAUUAUUUUUCCACAAGAAAUAAAUAAUUUCUUCAGCGGAAGGGUGAAGCUGAUUGAGAAAGAGGAUGGAAGUUCAUAAAACAUCAACACAGAAGAAGUAGUGAUGUAUUACUACCAAGUCCACUUCUAAAUCAGCCAAAAAGCUUUAGAAGGCUGAGUUCAGUAUUUUCUCUUUUUGUCAUGAAGCACUGCUCACCAAUGUGAGCAUCAUGGAAAAGAUGGAUACUUAAACUAAAACUGUGCAAUAAGAAAUUGUUACUGUGACAAUGUAACUUAGUUAAAAAGAGCACCUUUGGAGAGGGGGGAAGUAUUUAAAAACUCAUCAGAAUCAUUGUAACUGACACCUAUGCAAACUAAAUAGGUUUAUUUCUGGAAAUGUUUGAUUCAGGUAGCACAGAUGCUCCUGUGUAAAACUUAGGUUGGAAGGAUCCUGCAUACAAACAAAGUGCAGAAGUUUUGUUUCAGGCCAGAACUGCAACUACCCUAUUUCACAGCCAAAAAGCACCCAGAGGACAGAACCACUCCCCUGGGCUGGUGAUCAGCAGUGACUGCAACACUUCCCUCCUGGCUGAGCCCUCGAACAGGGGGAGUGAUUCAUAAGGACUUGCAUGAAGUCAUUUUGAUUUGGAACAGUUGCACCUUUUUCUUUCAAAGGAAAGAGAGGAAGGGAAUAGAAUAAAAUAGAACUUAAAAUGUUAUCCAUUGAGGUAAAGGAGAUGGUCACCUUUGACUUUUUUAACAAAGGGCCCUUUCCCCGUGGCGGGGAAGAGAGACAACAUCCCACGCCCAGACUGUGCUGCUGCUGCAGUGAAGCUCAGCAGGUACUUGGCUACUCUGGGUACAGAGCAGCUCAGUGCAACAGCUGGGGUUCCCCUUCACAGAAGGAUUUGAAUGUAAGAAUUGUACAUACUGUGAUUGUCUUUUUGUGUCCUACCCUCCAAAUGUUUGUCUCAGAUUUCAUGUAUUUUUCAAAAUGAAAUUUGAUUAAAAAUAAAAACCUAAAACAAAACCAAAAA